GACCCGGCCACCAUGAACACCAACGUGUGCGUGGAGAGCGGCCCCAACCCCGAGGCGCCGGGGCUGCCCAAGGACAGCCACCUGCCCGAGGGGGCCCUCAACAGCCUUGUGGAUUACAACUCGGAGAUGGAGAGGUACCGCUCCUUCGCCACCUUCUACAAGACCAACGGCGGCGCCUUCCCCCAGGCGGCCAAGAUCGCCCGCAUCACCACCCCCAUCUUCCCCAGCGCCGCGGCCGCCGCCGCCGCCCGCAUCGGCAUGUCCCCCUGGAACUGCGACACCGCCACGGCCGCCGCCGCCACCGCCAUGCUCUGGGGCAGCGGCGGCGGCGGCGGCGCGGCGGGCGGCGCGAGGAAACCCUCCUCCUCCUCCUCCGCCGCCGCCGCCGCCGCCUCCGCGGCCGCCGCCGCCGCCUCCUCGCUGCACGCCGGCAGGGGCGGCAUGCACCACCGGAGCGACUCGCAGCGGCUGGGCAAGCCCGGCUGCCCGCCGGCCGAGCAGCCCGCCCUGCCCAUGGCCAACGGCAACUUCCUCUCCACGCUCGCCCCCGAGCACUGCCGGCCGCUGGCCGGCGAGUGCAUGAACAAGCUCAAGUGCGGCGCCACCGAAGCCGAGAUCAUGAACCUCCCCGACCGCGUCGGCACCUUCUCGGCCAUCCCGGCGCUGGGCGGCCUGUCCCUGCCCCCCGGGGUCAUCGUCAUGACAGCCCUGCACUCCCCCGCCGCGGCCUCGGCCGCCGUCACAGACAGCGCCUUCCAGAUCGCCAACCUGGCGGACUGCCCGCAGAGCCACGCCUCGGCCUCGCCCGCCUCCGCCGGCGGGGCCGGGGCGGGCAACCCCGCCAAGAAGAAGCGGAAACGCUGCGGGGUGUGCGUGCCCUGCAAGCGGCUCAUCAACUGUGGAGUCUGCAGCAGUUGCAGGAACCGCAAAACGGGACACCAGAUCUGCAAAUUUAGGAAAUGUGAAGAGCUUAAGAAAAAACCGGGCACUUCGCUAGAGAGAACACCUGUUCCCAGCGCUGAAGCAUUCCGAUGGUUCUUUUAAGCAGUAGUGUAUCUUAUUUUCAAGGCAGUCCGAAGUGAAUGGCAAGCUAAAGUCUUGUUUUAAGAAACUGCUUAGUCCACCAUUGAAGAAUAUACUCAGACACUAUUUUCAUUUAUGUAUAGGGGUUUCCUCAAAAGCAAAAGACAAAAAUCUGGGAGCCUGGGGAAUUGGCCAGCUUCUUCACAUUCAGUACACCGAUUCUUUCUUUGAUGUAACUUAGCUAUACUAGUGAAGUUGUUGUCUAUUUUUAAAGUGGCUGUAACAAAAAAAAAAAAAAAAAGUUUGGGUAAACCCCUGCUAUAAAGUCAUGUAUCUUUGAAAAGUAACAUAUCUAUACUUCAUUUUCAAAUAUAUGUGUUUCAGUACUGUAAACUGUACAGAUAGCCGCUUGUAUUUUGUGUGUUUAGACACAAGGAGACAAUCAUGUCUGAGCAUCAAUGGAGAUAAACGGUUUGUACACAACAGUGUGGUUCUGCGAGUUAAAUCCGGAGCAAUAAAUUCUAGCUUUAACUAUUAUUUUGCUAGUUGUUUAGCAUCAGCAGCAACAGCAGCACUGUUUUACCCUGCAUCCUUCCAUAGAGACUUGAUGCCAAGUUUUCCAAGAUAAAAAAGGUUGUGACGCAUCUAAGCAAUUACCUUCCGUUGUGGUGUUGUGAGAGGGGAAGACGUUACAUUUAAAAUUAAUCUUUCAAGCACUCUAUUAGAGUAGUGGUUUAUGCACUUGCAUUGCUUCUAAACGAGCUUUACAGAGGGAUAUCUCUCCAAAAAUGCUGUCCGGUGUCUGACUUAUUUUCCACUGUGCUCUGAGCUGGAGUGCCCAGCAUAGGUGGAUGUGCAAAACUAGUCAUCCAAAUAAAGGUUGUUCUAGGAUGCAAAGCAGAGUACUAGACUUUAGAAAAAAUGAUGACUCACCUUAAUUACCCUUCACCUACAAGAUCUUGUGUAGCAUUUUCAGUCAACGGAGUAGGCAUUUUAUAAAGUGGAAUGCCGUAUUUUUGGUUCAAGUGGAGCUCUUCACGGUUAAAUGAGUUUUGACAGUUGGACUGGUUUGGGUCGCACUUGCACUUGUGCUCAUUUGAGAGCCUGGAUAUUUUUGCAGUAUAAAAAUGAGGUGUUUUUUUUAAAAAAAUGCUUUUCAAAACAACCACUUCUCCCCACACAUUUCUUGGUCCACAGAUCUUGGAUUUGCUGAAUGACUGGUCCCUUAGGCCCCCAGAAAAAUGCUUAGCCGUUCUUCUUCCUGCUCUAGCUGCAUGGAGGUAAUGUCUACUCCAUAGAAAGGCAGCACACAGAGGGAUAUAACUCACAUGCUGUAAAAAAUAUGGAAGAUUCUAAACUUAGGGAUACUUAACAGCUGAUCAUCACUUUUUAUUGCUUGGCUUUGUCGUACCACUCACAAGUGAGAAGGCCAUGCCAUCAAAGUAAGUGAAUGCUGUUGUGCCAUGUGUUUGAUAGAUUUAUAAUUUUGUACGAGAUAGGACUACCAGUAGUUUCACAGACAAGGUGCUGGACACGGAAAUAACCAGUUAAUGUCGCACAGCACAUGCAAUUCUCCUACUGUUUCAGCACUUUCUCUGUUUUUUUGCUAAGUACUUCAGCCUUUGGCCCCUGGUCACGCUUACAUGGUGAAGCACAAGGGAUGGGUUGGGAAUGCUAUAGUGUGGGACCUGUGCAGGUGGGCAAGAUGCCAGCUUUGGCAAGUGAGGGAGCUCACAGGACUGGCAGGUGCUGGGAACAGCCCAGAAAGCGAAGACCAAGGGAUGGAGGAGGAGAAACCUCCAGAGGUCACAUGUGUGUGUCAGCAGGACUGGACAGAGCAUGGGUGACCCAGGGUAACUGGAGGAGAGUGGGCAGGCUGGGCUUACACCUGCAUCCUCAGCUUAGGGUCAAUGCAUGUGUCUAUGUCUUUGCGUCAUAUGACAUCACAUCCGUGGCUUCAGAAGUGGAGUGUCACACUUAAAAUGCUUCUAUCAUGGUGCCCCUCUUACGGUUUGUAAGAGAUCCUUAGUUAAAUACUCAUCCAGUGCCCAUUCAGUGAGCUUUAUGUCUGUUUGUACGGCAGCUGUGUACGGAUUUUUUUGUGUUUGAGACGUUUUGGUUAGGGCCUCUGUUACUGAUCACUAGACCAAUAUGAGCUCUGCAAGGUCUUCUCUACCAAAGCACUGAUAGAUUUACAAACUGAAGCCUUAUUUGCACAUCUGGCUGGUAAGCUUGCCUUGCUCUUUGGAAAACUCCGAUUGCUCUUACAGAAGCAGAGGCAAAGUUAAGUUCAGGCUACAUUAGGUGUACAAAGAUACUCAUAGCAAUGUACUCACUGUCUAAUACCCUAAUGUUGCAUGUCUUGAUAUGCUUUAUUUUUUUUUGUUGUUUUGUUGUUUUGUUUUAAAGAACUGAUUGGUCUGUAUAUUGUAAUUGUGGUGUUUGACAUGUCAAUUCAAAACUGUUAAAACAAACAAGCAAGCCUGUUGAUUACUGAAAAUGAACAAGAGUUGAUUUUUCUUUGAUUUACCCAUAUGGUUUUUCUUUUGGAUGUUGUUCCUUUGCGACCAUCAGGUUUUUAGAUUUUGCUGAAACAGUAUUUAUAUGAUGUAGCGUGCAUAGAGCAUUUUAAUUAGUGAUGUUUGAAGAAGGAAAUCCCUUUUCUGGCCUGUCUCUCUCUGCUGCCCUUCCCUCCUCCCCUUCCCCUUUAUAUACAUAUUUGUCAAUCUGAUUAUUGUCAAGUUCUAAUUACGAAUUCGUGCUUUUCACAAGAUCCAAUGCCAUUUUUCAGUGUGAAAAUUUAUAUUCUUCUCCAGUCUUCAUUCUCACAAUGAAAAAUGAAAACUAAGGGGGUGGGUAAAAAAAAAAAAAAAAGCAGAACUUUUGUCGUCUUCUAGGUGAGAGUGUUAAGCCUAAUGGAAGCAUUUUUGGCAUACCCCAGAUAAACUUACGAAAAAUUGUAAGGUUGAAAGGGAGGCACACAUACCCGUUCUGUCAAUUAAUAACAGACCCUCCCUAUGAGGGAAAAUACUCCCUUUUGUACAGACCCCCUGGUAUGUAAGUCCUACAAUUAAUGUUGAAGAAUGUAAAGUCUUUAAAUGGGCUAUAUCUGUAAUCAAAUAAUGAAGAAAGAAAGUAGUUAAAUGAACAUACCAUUCAGGGUCGAAUGCAUUCAGCAAAAAGCAGUAGUGGGUCUUUGAUCACGGUUAGAUGCAUAGUGAUAUCAAACAGUGGGUUCUCAUGUAACAGCUAAAUGUUUCAGAUUUUGUUUUUAUUAAAUUUGGCAGUUUCACGCUGAGCUCUACUGUAUUCUUAGUGAACAAAAGACAGCUCCUAUGUUAGAAAGUACUCCAUUUUCACAAAUGCAGGGAACUAGGAGGGUAUUUUCAGAAACAUGGGCCACAGAAAUGUACUCCUUUCACAGUGUUCUCCUAUUUCUGAACUGUGCAGUUAUCUAUUAAAUUUUCUAAUAGAUAUUUGUGUAAGGUGUAUGUAUGCUUGUGCAAUUAUGGAAAAAAAAACAGUUUUGGAAAACAGUGUAUUUAUGAAAAAAAUAAUCACUUAUGGGGCAUGUACAAAACUGUAUAAAAACAUUCAAUUUGCCCAGUAAAGUUGUUUUUGUGAUAUUUCUGUGUUGUUGAAUAAAGGACUUUAGUAUUCAAAAUAUCUCUCUUUUUCCAUAAACAGGUCCUGUUUGUGGGAUCUUAAACAAAGAAAACCUCCUUUAGGAAAGAACCCUCAAAAUGAGCGAGAAGGUCCAAAUGCUGACCUCAGUCUUGCUUAUGGGAAUGAAUGCUUAUGAAGUGAUGGUACAAUAGCUACAAAACUAAUUCCUUCUCAAUUGGCAAUUGAUGGAAACCCCAUAAGUUGUACAACUCAAGGUAACAUCAUACUCUGGAAUUUUUUACAUAGCAGAAAAAGUACUGCCUUUUUUGACUAGGAAUGUUACUUUGAGAUUUUUGAGGAUAUGAAAAGGUUAGUGAUAUAGGAGCAAGACUGAUUACAGAAAGGCCUUAAACCCUUUAGUGCAGACCUGUGUUGUAUAAAAAGAGUGGACUAGUGAGGGUGAUGUGAUAAAUUAGCAGUUAGCUUGGUAGGGAGAAGCAUGCAAAGGUGAAAUCUCAUCUGUAGUUCUUGCAGCAAACAAUAGUCCUGAGAAUAGAUCAUCCUGUUGCUGUUGGAGUAUUUGGAAUUAUGAAUAUGGUUUGUGAGAGAAUGACAGUAUUAUCUUCCUUUUCAUUUUACUGCUUCUCAGUUCAAAUUUCAGCUCUCUACCUGUCUAGAAAAAUAUACAUAUCUAAGGAAAUGGUUUUCACUUGACAUUUUGUUUCCCCAUACUACUUGCCAACAUUGAAGCAACUUCAGAUCGGUGAGAAAGUUCGUGACAGUGCCGGCAGCACGUCACCUGAUUUUGGUGAAAUUUGGAAUGUCAUUUUUCUGGAAAUAUCCCCUUAAUCAACAGAAAGUCUGCUCUCAGGUGCCAAAACAGAAUUUUUAAAGAGUUUGAAAAAUGAGGUAGGUCCUUUAGUAUGUGAGAUUCCUUCAAUGCCAGCUGAUUUUCCAGGGGGAGCCUUGGUGUAUCCUUUUGUUUUUUAAAGAAAGCAACAAAAGAAAAAGGAACAGAAGUGGAUUUUCCACUGAUCCUGUCUGCUCUUAUCGAAAUCCGUAAGGAUAUAUGUUCUUGGGAGACGUAGACUGCUCAUUAGACAAGAGUGAAUCUUGAGGUCUGUUUGAAGAGGAGGAAAAGGGCUGCCAGGUUGCUCAGGCAUACUCAGUGAUCUCUCUGGAUUAAAUAUAGAAUUCACAGGGAGGAAAAACAUUCAUUUCAUGAGACGGUCGAUUUGGAAGCAGGAAGAGGUCUCUGAGUUCCUAUUCCUUUAAUGCUUUCUCUUUCAACAUUUUUUCCCCUCAAGUAUUGUUUUAUACUAGUCUGAAUGAAAAAUGUCCCUCAGCUCUGGAGAAAUACUUGCCCCAGAUAUGAACCUUGCAGUUUCAAACUACCUCUAGUUUUUUAUAGCUGUUAUUUUUUAAUUUAGAAAAAAAAAAAACUAACCUAAAAAAUCCUCCAAAGAACAAGCGGGUAAUUCUUCAAAGCUGAAACUGGCAAACUUAUUACCGAGCCUGUUAAAGAAAGGAAAAUACCCUUUUGUGUGGAAGCUCAAUUCUUCGAGGCUGUGUUGGACUCAAUUUGGUUUUGCCACUAGCCAUUUCAGUGCUCUCAUAUAUUUCCAAGGAACAAGUCUGAAAUUACGAAUGGUCUGGUGAUACAGGGCAGUGUGUCUUCCGGGAGGCUCUAGUCCUCCCCAGGUUCCCAUGGGCUUUACCAGAUAGCUCAUGAAAUUGGAGGAUAUUGUAUAGGUGACUUAGUUAUAAGUUCGAUCUUACUCCACUGUAAGGAUCUACUCAGUUCACCAGCGUGCAUCGAGCGUGGAUAGACGGCCCCAAAAUCUAUAAAGGAAAGAAAUACUUCUCAGUAAUAACCACAGAACAUACAGUAAAGUGAGACCACUGGAACUACCCGAGGAAAGAAAGGUGAAGUUCCACAUCAGCAAAGAUGUCAGGAUCUGUUCCCACCGUAGCGUCAUCUCUGUUUGCCAUUUGGUUUUGAGGAUGGACACGUUUGGCUGGGUCACUGGGUCCUUCAGCAAAGCACUUCUGCCCACGGAAGGCAGAAUGAAGGAAAUGCUGGUGGCAAAAUGUAAUCUUGCUAGACAAGGAUCUAGACUGCCUAAAGUAUUUCCACUGCUCUUCUAAGUUCUCAGAUGAAUUAAAAGAUUGUCACAUUAUUAUUAAUUUAAUGAGCAGGAAUAGUUUGUCAUGCUACUGCCCAUUCCUGAAAAGGCGUUUUAGGAAUUAGCCUUAAUGGGUUAAUUUCCCAAUAAACUUCAAAGGUACUUCUUAGUCUAAUAUGACUUCCCCAUAACAGAAGAUGCUGUGACUGUGGGUUCAUUGGCCUGUAUUAGGCCUUGACUUGUAGUGUCAGGGAUCUUUGCUAGAAAAUAACUCAACCGAAUUCUGGUAGAAAGAUCUGCAGGUGAUGUGGUGUCAGUCAGAGCCUGGAUUCAGUGCAGUUCUCCCCAACUUGGGUUAUGGUGUGUUUAAGCAUCCUACGUUUGAAAAGAAAACACCUUUCUUCCCUUGCUCCUUUAAGUCUGCCCUCUUUACAGAGUUAGUAACACUGACCCUCUGUAAUUCUUCAGGUAAGCCCAAAGCAUUAGAAGAAAUACAUCUCUUUUUGGCUAGACACUUUCCUUUGGAAAGAUAAGGAAGAGUUAGUCCAGGUCAGAAACUCCUGAUGCUUGCCCAAAUCUCCUAAUGGGUCUUCUCUGUAUCGGAUGUUGCUUGUGAGCAAAGUCUGUACAUCAGCGUGACUAUCGGACACAACCCUACAGAAUAUCAACACUAAAGCAAACGGGACCCAGUGGGGAACGUUCCCACUGCCACCUCCCUGGUACAUGCAACAAACACAAGUUUAUGCCAGAUGUCCAACACCCCUUGCCCUCCCAGGGGUCAGGUUUGCUGUGCCCAGCAGAGAGGUGAACCUCCCCAGAUCUGAUGAACCCAUAGUGCGCUGGAGGUUUUUAAGAAGAGAGAAGGUUUAUGUGUCCAGACAGGGACUAGACUAUCUCGACCCACAUGUCUCACAUUAGCUUUUGAUUUCUAGCUGUGAGUGUUGGAGGCCUCCAAGCUUUGGGAGGAGGAGCUGGACUGUUGAAUAUACCUAGUCUCUUAUGUGCCUAUACUUUAAUAGUCAUACCUAGAGAUUGAUAGUGAAUUUGAGCAGCUGACGUGUUGACCGAGAAUGUACUGUUUAAUGCAAAAUUAUGACAACUGGCUUUCAACCUGUUUUUGGAGAAUUAGCGGGUAAAUAACCUGAUCUAAAGAAACCUGUCACCCACAUUAGAAACUGUGAACUAAUUAUUGCUUUCUGAUACUCUGCUCUUACUUGUUUUGCCUUUUUAUCCUGAUUGUUUGCAUUCCUAGGACUGAUUUGCCUUUCUGAUGCAAUGCCAUGUGAUCUGCUGAUUAAUUUUUGUGAGCAAUCGUAAACUCCAACCUAUGGCUGACUCGGUAUAUUUUUAUGCUACGCUCCAUAAACAUUCAUUCAUUUCUUAUGAUUACUGUGUGGAAACAGACUUUUACAGGCUAAUAAACUUGGAUUUGA